AUGAAUCCAUUAAUUUAUACUAAAGCUAGGACAGCUAUGCGCUCCAGUGUUCUAAAACAUUGUUGCUGCCGUAAAAUAUGGUACAAUGACGAUAGCAGAAUUGCAAGUCUUGCUCUUAUGUGUACCAAUACGAGAGAUUUCAAGGCCGUUCCGAGAUCCAUUGAUCCGACGUCGUUGGAUGCAUCCCCAAUUGGCGUAUCCUGCCUCCAAAUUCGUCACUUUCACGUGUCACACGCGUGGAGAGGCCAAGAACCGUCCUCGAAAGUCGAGGAGACUGUCAAGAACCUUAAAGAGCAAAAGGAAGAAAAAGCAAAAGAAAAGAUGGCAGCUUUGCACACCUCGGAUGUCGUAAAAGCACCGGAAAAGGCUGUUGCUGAAAAGCGUACACUGUGGCAAAAGAUAAAAGCUGAGAUAUUGCAUUAUUAUCAUGGCUUUCGGUUAUUAGGGCUAGAUAUGAAAAUCUCGGUUAAAUUAAUAUGGCGAAUCCUUCAAGGGAAAGAACUCAGCAGACGAGAACAUAGAUUGCUAGUUAAAACCACAGGAGAUGUGUUCAGGUUGAUACCUUUCUCUGUGUUUAUUAUUGUUCCAUUUAUGGAAUUAUUGUUGCCUGUAGUAAUUAAAUUGUUCCCCGGACUACUACCAUCGACAUUUCAAACGGCUACUGAGAAGGAGGAUAAACUUAAGCAGGCUUUAAAGGUCAAAAUAGAGAUGGCAAAGUUCUUACAAAAAACUCUUGAUGAUAUGGCGGUGCAGUCGUCAGAUCACAGAUCUCAGAAAGCUAAAGAAUUUGCAGAAUUCUUUUACAAGGUCCGAACGACUGGUGAUGUUGCCAGCAACGAAGAAAUCUUGAAAUUCAGUAAACUUUUUGAGGAUGAGAUAACGCUAGAUUCACUUUCACGUCCGCAAUUAAUUGCGUUAUGUCGGGUAUUGGACGUGCAGACCCUUGGCACCACGAACUUUCUGCGAUUCCUUCUCAGAAUGAGACUGAGAAGUCUGACAGCUGACGAUAAGUUAAUCGAAAAGGAAGGAGUAGACUCAUUGACGAGAGCCGAACUACAGCAAGCCUGCAGAGCUCGUGGGAUGAGAGCGUACGGGAUGCCCGAAAAUAAAUUAAGAGACCAAUUAUCCCAGUGGCUCGAUCUCAGCCUAAAUAAGAAAGUGCCACCCUCGUUGUUGCUACUUUCUCGGGCCCUCAUGGUUUCGGAAACUAUUCCGAUGUCCGAUAAGCUCAAGGCCACGAUUUCCGCUCUACCGGAUGCCGUGGUGGCGCGCACAAAGGGUGCGAUCGGAGAAAAAGAGGGUAAGAUGGAUCAUAGAACGAAUAUUGAGAUCAUCAAACUGGAGGAACGGCGCAUCGAGGAAGAGAGGCAAGAGAGGAAAGAAAUUGAGCCACAGCCAACGGUGUCUGUGCACGAUGACAAGACGGACGAAAUCACAACGACAGACGUUAAAGUUCUAGAACAAGCCCUGGACUCUAUUGGAAAGGACAACAAGAAGAUGUCUGUGGAGAAGGAGGAGAUCAAGGAAUUGAAGGAGGAGAUGGCGGAGUAUCAGGAGGACAUCCAGGAAUUGUAUCAGAUCAAGGCCGAGGCAAAGGGUGAAAGGGACGUAGAAGAUAUUAAGGUGUCAAAGGGUGCUAAGCGACUUUUUAACAAGGUCAAUAAGAUGAUCGGCAAGAUGGAUGCCGUAUUGUUGGAACUUGAGCAGUCCGAGAAACAAAUGAAGAAGAAAUUGGAGUCCCUAGCCCCCGAAGAAAAAUCCGAUUCUAAGACGGCCGAAGAAUUAGUCAAGAUAGACGAACUGAUUGCAGCCAUUAAACAAAUCCAGAAUGUUCCUGAUGAGUCUCGAUUAACACGUAUAGCCGAAAUUUUAGGCAAGAUCGACGACGAUAGGGAUGGUGCAAUUAAAAUUGAAGACGUACUAAAGGUGGUGGAGCUCAUAGGAAAGGAAGAUAUAAAACUCAGCAAGAAGCAAGUGGACGAGUUGAUAGAGCUAAUGGAAAAGGAAGAGGUUCUAGAGGUAGAGGAACAGAUUCAAAAGGCUUUACAAAAGGAAAGUAAAGAUGCGAGAGGAGCGAAGGAGGCGAAAGAAACGGAAGAUGCGAGGGAGAAUAAAAAAGCAGAAACGCCUUCACCGGUACCUGCCGCGCCAGUGACAACCGAGCCACGCUUUCCGCAGGAAGAGCUGACGGAAAACUCCGGAAUACCUGGUAAAUCUGUUAAAGUCAGUCCUACAGUUGGAGACGACAGAAAUUCCACUUCAUCGGCAUUGAAAUCCGAUGCGAGCUCCGAUCCAGUUAACAAUCCUCCCAUUGCUCCAGGCGUGCCGCCUUCGCCGAAAAAAGCAGAAGGGUCGAAGCACCUGUGACCGCCACAGAACCGGACGUAAAUUGUACACUUAUUCAAACUAGAUUAAUGUUUCUUACCAAAUCAAGACACCCGAUUUACAACGACAGGCGCAUUGUUUUCAAAUUCGAAAAAUACAAAUUGCCUAGACGUGUUGGGUCUUGCCGUUAGAAUUGGCAUAAGGAAAGCAGAGGAGACGAAAAAGAAACUAGACUCGUUAGACCUUUUGCGUACGAUCUUCGCUAUAGGUGAGUCGCCGACUGGUUUCACAUCAUACCCAUACACUAUGUAAUAUUUUACUGAUCGAUUAAUUACCUCGACGUAUAGCUUGUUAUUUAUGCAUACGUGAAGAACCUUCAAAUUAGCUAAAUGAAGGCGAUGCAUUUAACGGCAUCUAAUCAUAAAUACUUUUCUUCCCGAUAUCCAAGUGACAAUAUGCAUGUGCUGGUCACAGUCGUGUGUCACUUGUUGCGAAUCAUACGGCUACUCGCGCAAUUUCAAGACGUUCUGCAUACUGUGGAGAUAUCAUUCCAUCUAUGAGAGAAAUUCGAUAUAGUCGUUAUGCCUUUUUUGAUUAUUUCCAUGUUUCUGUGAACUUGAGUCGUUUUGCAGGGGAGGAAAGAGAGUAUUAAAUAAUUAAUACUGAUGCCCUCAUAUGUGCGUGUAAGGCGACGAACGAGAUGUGAUGUACAAUUAUAAGUAUAUACUAAUUCUUCAUAUUUAUCUAUAAUACAAAAAGCAAGCGAAACAAACACGUCACAUAUUAUAUGUAUGUACUACUGUUAUAUAAAAAAGCCUAUACAAAAUGUA